GGGAGCCGAACCCCCGCGGCUGGGGAGGGGGAUUGAUCCGGCGGUUCCCGUGGAGGGCUACGAGCGAUGCGGGGCAGGCCUCGGGGAGCCGGUGGGACGCAUCGUGGGGAGCAGGACAGGGAGUAACCUCCCGCCCUCGCCUGUUGCGGUCAGCCCCCAAGCAGCAGACGGAAGGAAUGGGCAGAGGCCUGGAGUACUACUUCUCCCAGUUCCUUUGCCUCGCCAGCUUCGUCCUGCUGAUGAUUUUUCUGGGCAUCCUCGUGGUGAAGAUGAUUGGGUCAGGCUGGCUUGACAAGAGAGAGGAGAACUUUAAUCUCUUGCCUGUGGAUUGUGACAGAAGAACGGAUGAUUUCUGCCAGGGGAAACAGAAGGAUGCGAUAAUGAAUGUGCUGCACGAGUUGUAUAACUACUUGUCCGUACAAGCCGGUAAUUUUGAAUGCGGAAACCCUGAGAAUCUAAAAAGCAAAUGCGUUUGGGUUAGUGAAGCGAAGGAUCACGUGGUGAAUAUAACUGGUAGUUCCCCCCAGAAGUUCGAAGCUGCCCUGCACUGGAUACUAAACAGUAACAAGGAUUUAGGAAUAUGGUUGAAAGGCAGAGACCUUUCGGAACCGGUUACCAAAGUGGAGGAAGUGUUCUGUCUCGAAUCGGCCCAUCCCAGUCGGGCAGUGGUCACUGCCGUCGUGAACCUUUUCCUCUUCUUCUGGAGUCUGGUAACUCUCUGGGGGAUCCUGAUCUUCCUUAGGUAUCGCUGGCGGAAGAUGGAGGAGGAGGAGCAAGCCAUGUACGAAAUGGUGAAGAAGAUCAUAGCUGUUGUCCAAGACCACUAUAAGGAAUGGGAACGGAAUUUGGAGCGUUACCCCUACGUUGGCAUUUUCCACGUCCGGGACAGCCUCAUCCCUCCUCAGAGCAGGAAAAAAAUGAAGCGGGUGUGGGAGAGAGCCGUGGACUUUCUGGCCUCGAACGAGUCGCGGAUUCAGACCGAGUCGCACAGAGUCGCAGGAGAAGAUAUGCUCGUGUGGAGAUGGACUCAGCCUUCUUACGUCUCGGAUUCAGAGCACUGAAGAGGAGCAGAAGUCGUGCAACUGCUGGACCUCUGCAAGGAGAUGGUCCCUUCUCUGGUGAUGGGAAAGAGCAGGUCACGGUCCUAAUCUCCCAGGGUUGGGGAUUGCACCCAUCUGUUGGCUCUUCUUUCUGAAAAUCUUCACACACCAAAAUUCAGGGCAAUAAUGUUGGCUUGGAAAGAAGACGGGCUUGAGCUGGUGGGAAGCUAGAACUGCACCAAAGUUAGCCUUCCAGCGGAUAUCUGGCUUCUGUAGGCACGCAAACCUAGAACA